CAUCACUCCUCUCUUCAACAGUGUAGAAGGUGUGAAGACGUGCGUAUCCGAACCAGUGCGACUCAGACACUGAUUGAUUUGGACAAACCUGCGUUGUGGAUAAUCGACUGACUUCAAUUGGAUAAUGGAUUAACGCGUCAGAGAACGCAAACAGGCUAUUCUCAACUCCAGAUGUCAAUGUAUUGGAAGAAAGCACUCACCCAUCCAUAAGGAAGUGUACCCAACUCUUUUAACCUAGUUGAAUAAACCGUUCACCGGUGCGCACUGAGAGAGUGCGUGGGUGUGUGUGUMUUUUGUACUUAUAGCCCAAGUUGGUCUGGUUAAAUGGGGAGGCUUGAAGAACCUAGACAUUGACCUAGACGCAACAUACAGGCAGGCAGACAGACAGUGAAAGGAUAAAUCAGUCGCUUUGAGAGUCGGAGUGGUCAGAGUUGCGUCGAAGUGCGGCAGAGGGAUAUGGAUUGUGCGUCGGAUKCCAUCGGACAUCAGCGCGCAUCUCUAUCAAGAGGAAGACUCUAAAGCUGUUGUUGCUGGUCGAAUAGGUGACCUGCUCGUAAGGAAACAAGUUCUGGAAAAGAGAAGCUCUGAUGAGGACAGAAAACAACGUUUCUCUCGCUACGUAAAGAAUAUACAAGUUAGGGAUAAAUUGGAUAGAUUGGAGACUUCAAAUUACUUUUUAGUUCUCACUUCAAUGGAGAAAAUGAUUCAAGUCGGAGGGAGAUGUCUGACAAUAUUGAUGAUCUUUUUAGUACUUUUCGUUGGAUUGGUGAUGGGCUUUCCCACCAAACAGCACAACAAACUGCAUAACGGCGUGUCUUUGGAGACUCGUGCUCAGUCGCCCGUCAGUGGGGUCCAUCGUGGACUGGAGGCCCUGGAGCAGCAGAACCAGGUCCAGAGCCUCCUUCCCCCUGACACGGAGCACCRCCACAAGAGGAGGUGGUCUCACUCUCAGCAUCGCUCCGUAGGGGUUCUGCCCCAGCCUGAGCCGGAGGAGGAGAUGAAACCCUUCGUUCUGGACCUCAAGAACUUCCCUGAGCUCGCCAACGCAGACAUCAGCUCUCAGAACCCCAACAUCCAG